AUGACCGCACAAGCCACCCAGGCGAAGCUCCACAUGCGGAGCCGGGCGGCUUUUGCCGGCCUGGCUGGCAUUGGCUUUUGGUACUAUGCUGCGGUGAUGUUUACAACUCCCUUUGCCCGGCGAUUGGACGAGUACCUCAAAACCACGAGUGAGACAUCGCUCGACAAGCCAUUGAAGGAUAGCAAGCUGUUGAGCAACAAGAAGGUGCCGAAGUGGCUCUCAGAGUUGGAUGAUCUGGGCUUCGUGGACUCGGAUACCUACAGGCAGUUCAUCGAUACCGCAGUUGCGAAGGGAAGCUUGGACGAGGCCAGGACCUGGGCGGAGAAAGCCCGUGCUCAGGGAAUGCCUUUGACCGCUCAAGACUUGCAGAGCCUCAUCAGUCAGGCCCUCACAACAAAUGAUGCAGAUGCGGCCAAGUUGUGGUUGGAGCAAACUCUAUCAACAGAGGAGCUCACAACUCAUCAGAAGCAGAAAAUUUGCUUCCUAGCUGUCUUUCUAGUAGCGAGGAAGAUGGGCUUCGGCGUCUUGCACGAUCUCUUGUUGAAGGGUGGCGAGGAGCCGAGUCGCUGGCUCCGGAACAAGGCUCGCUGGCUCCUGGAGAUUUUGAGGGCAACCCGAUCGGACGGACUAGAAGAACUAGGACGACGCCUAGACGAUGCGUUGCAAGUUGGAGUGGAGGCGGACCACAGCGUUUUCAGAUACCUGCUCUAUGAGGCUCUCAAGGUUCCUGACUUCGAGUAUGUCACCAAGUGGUUCACAAAGGCGGUGAGACAUGGCGUGGUGCCAGAAACUCCCAUUGUGAAUCACAUCAUCGGAGAGGCCAGGCUUGGGCAGGUCGAACUUGAAGAACUUGGCACGUCAAGCCGAGACGACAGGGACUUUCAAGGAUUUUCCUCUACCAGUUGGGGCACUCCAAAUUUGCUUUGGAUCUUUGUCCAAGCAUGCUUCUCUCAGCAUUUCAGGUGGCCAAGAUGCAGGGCCUUGCUGCUGCUGAGGACGUCCUCAAUUGUGUGGUAUGCUGGGCCGUGCGCGAAGACAACACCGAAACAGCCUGCAGGAAUGGUUUGA